AUGGCGGUGGAGGCCCGCAGUCGGAUUGCUCCGACGGGGCUACGGAGGACGUUGCCAAAUCGUUCGUUGGCUUCCGUUCCUGUAUCACGCGCGUCUUCAUCGUCGAUGCUCAAGUCGGAGAUGAUCACCAGUCCCUAUCCAUUACAGGGUCGUGAUGUUGUUUUGGAUCUGGAAAGUCGUAAAAGAUAUGAAGAGCUUAGGAUAGACAUACGAAAAUUAGGCGGUCGAAUUGUAGAUACAAUCAAUGAGGAAAAGUUGCCAUUCGUCGUCAUAUCCGAUCACCCAACUGCGAAUCGGUUAGAAACGAUGAAAGGGAUCUAUUCUAAGAACACGAGAAUCGGUGACUUACCAAUGCUUCUGAAAGAAGCCGUCCGGUGUCAUGUUAAAGUACGGUCGUAUACAACAUUCCAAGAGCAAUUCACGCGAUUCAAAGCGAGAAUUCGUGCAGCGAAGUCAUUAUCGAAUGCUCCGCAGAAGCGACUGCCGAAAGCGGAAGAGGCAUCAAAGAACAGGAAAAUACGACGGUUGAGGAGACCAUUUAUCAAAUGGCAGGAUAGUAAAAGAGACCACGCUCCAUCAUACAAGGAAUGUCCAACGCCUCGAUGGACCACUGUGUACUUUGGUCCAGCUGCUGGAAAUUGUGUCUUUCGCCGUGUUACUGCUGAACAACUUGAAAAGAGAAAACAACGAGAAAAUGAGGCUUACAUGGAUGAAGAUUCUGACCCCCCUAGUUCACCCGGCCGAGAAAGAAGUGCUAAGUCGGGCAAGUCCGUCAAGGUGAAUCGUACAGUAAAGACUCCAACUAAUAAGUUUUGUGAUCUGUGCGGUAAAACAUUCGAAGAUAUGGAACAGCACUAUGAAUCCAGGGAGCAUGCAGUGACUGCUACGCGCCCCGGUGUAUAUGAUGAAGUCGACAUGUGCACUGGAGCUGUUGUUGACUACGUGAUUUGUCCUGCUGCGCCAUCAUCUGUGCGACUACCCGAAGUUAUUCCUGAGGAGCACGAGCCGAUCUUUCCAAAUGACAGUUGGGACUAUGAGUAUAGUGAAGGCAAUUACGAGUGUACCCUACUGAAUACGAGGUCCUAA